UCCCUCUUCACUCCUCCCAACUCCGACACUCGCUUCCUUUACUCGAAACCCUAAAAAAAUAAAUGUGAAUGACUUAGAAAGAAAAUGAUUCAAGAACUGUUUGGAUCAGUUCGUCGAUCUCUGGUUUUUAAGAAUGGAGUUGAUGAAGGAGGAGGAGGAAGCGGUUUAGUUGAUAAGAUUAUUAAUAAGUCUUCAAGGGUUGGAUUAUUCACUCACAACCAAAAACCUUCAGCAGCAUCAGUAUUACCUACAAUUAGAUGGAGAAAAGGGGAACUAAUUGGUUGUGGUGCAUUUGGCCGUGUCUAUAUGGGAAUGAAUCUCGAUUCCGGAGAACUACUUGCCGUUAAACAGGUUUUGAUUGCAGUAAAUUCAAAGGAAAAGGCACAGGAUCAUAUUCGAGAACUCGAGGAAGAAGUCAAGCUUCUUAAGAAUUUAUCACAUCCGAAUAUAGUGAGGUACCUAGGAACUGCAAGGGAAGAGGAUACGUUGAAUAUCUUGUUGGAAUUUGUACCAGGAGGAUCUAUUUCAUCCCUACUUGGAAAAUUUGGUUCCUUCCCUGAGGCUGUUAUAAUUAUGUACACUAAACAACUGCUUUUGGGGUUGGAAUAUCUCCAUAGGAAUGGAAUCAUGCACAGAGACAUUAAGGGUGCAAAUAUUCUUGUUGAUAAUAAAGGAUGUAUCAAGCUUGCUGACUUUGGUGCGUCGAAGCAAGUUGUUGAGCUAGCUACUAUAUCCGGCGCCAAGUCAAUGAAGGGUACUCCUUAUUGGAUGGCUCCUGAAGUGAUUCUCCAAACUGGGCAUAGUUUCUCGGCAGAUAUUUGGAGUGUUGGAUGUACUGUCAUUGAGAUGGCAACUGGAAAGCCUCCAUGGAGCCAGCAGUAUCAGGAGGUUGCUGCUCUAUUCCAUAUUGGGACAACAAAAUCUCACCCUCCCAUCCCUGAGCAUCUUUCAGCUGAGGCUAAGGACUUUUUGCUAAAAUGCUUACAAAAGGAGCCAAACUUGAGGGCCUCUGCAUCUGAAUUGUUGCAGCAUCCAUUUGUCACUGGGGAACACCGAGAGACACAUCCUAUGCUCCGUACUUCAUCUGUGGAAAAUUCAGGUGGUUCAUUGCCCUCUGGAACGAACCUAAAAAACUCCAUUCGCCCUGUGGCUGGACCUAGUUUAACUUAUGAUGACUUGGAUGCUGUCUGUAAUCUGGAUAGUGUAAGGUGCUCCACCGUGUUUAAUGAAAAGUUCUCGUUGUCUGCGCAAAACUGGGGAGCCAACAACAGUGAUGAUGACAUGUGCCAGCUAGAUGAUAAAGAUUUUGAUUUGGGUGGACCAGUAAAAUCUGCCUUGUUGUCAGAUGACCCGAAUAAGAGUUUUAAUCCCAUGUGUGAGCCCACUGAUGACUGGCUGUGCAAGUACGAUCAAAGUCCAGAACCAGAUCAUGAAUAUAGAAGAAUCGAUGUGGAUGCUGAUCAACCAGUUGGUAAUACCAUUAGUCAUGGGACUUCUGAGCAGGAGGCAGACUUUACAUUUCCAUGUGGACCAUCAGCAUCGGAAGAGGAAGAUGAAGUACUCACUGAACAAAAAAUUAAAGCCUUCCUGGAAGAAAAGGCUCUUGAUUUGAGGAAAAUGCAAACACCUCUGGUAGAAGAAUACCUUAACACCACCUUAAAUGUCGAAAAUCAUCCGAAUGCUGUAGGUAACACCACAGAGGAUACUGUUCCAGUAUUUUUGAAGCUGCCCCCAAAAAGCAAAUCACCCAGCAAGAUAACAAGUAAAAUACUGCCACCACCAAUUGAUUCUGCAAACUCUGGGAGUCCUGGAGGGUGUAAUAGGCUUGAAUCUCAAUUUGACCGUUUCAACGAUCAAAGUUCUAGUGAUAUUCCUUCUCAGGUUCCUGAGCGGAGAGGCCUUAUUGAUCAUCAGAGUAAACCAGUCAAUACAAGUCCGAGUUUUUCUGAGAGGCAGAGGAAGUGGAAAGAAGAGCUUGAUCAAGAACUCGAGAGAACAAGAGAGAAGAUGCGGCAAGCAGGUCUAGGAGGAAAGAUAUUGUCUCCGAAUGAGCGAACCUCGAAUCGGCAGAAAGAGCGUUUACGGUUUGCAUCCCCUAGCAAAUAAAACUGUAAGAUUGUGUGCUUGUACAGCUAUUUUUAAUACAGAAGGUUCAGAUCUUCCAGUCUACCAAAAUUGAGAGUGUGUGAGUAAUACAAAUGUAUGUAAGUUCUUGUCUUGUUUUACAAUAAAUAGAUGUUUUUGUAAAAACAGUAGUGCAGUGCCUCUGCACUGUGGGUUCCCAAAACAAAUUUUUGGUUACUUUUAGUUUCUCCUUUCUUUAUGAAAUUUUGUUGAUGUAUUAAAUCAGGACGACAGCGCCAUGGUUUGGGAACAACUACAUCUAUUCUUUUAGGAACACCAUCUAAAUUUCUUGUGCA